AUGGAGAGAACGUUGAAGGGAGAACGUCCAAGAGGUUCCAAAAAGAGCAUGAGGGUCCUCGUUGUAUGUGCAGUUGUGGCGAGUUUUUAUUUCAUCGAUGCGAUGCCUUUUAACGACUGCCGCGAUCAUUACGAGCUUUGUGGAAAAUGGGCGAAACAUCAAUAUUGUGAAAUGACAGACUACAAGGAUUACAUGACUCUAGUGUGUCCGUACUCUUGCGGUCGAUGUGACGAUAUUCUAGCUGAUUUGGGUGCAUCAGGAAUGAGCGCUUCCGGUAGUGGUGGGCAAAAAGCGAUACCGGAAGUUGUUGCAGACUUUGAGGGAUUAGGUAGCAGGGUAGCAAAAUCUGGUAAAAAAUCAGAGGACAUUGAUGAUAGCUCUUCCUCUCAAAGCCUGUCAGGGUCUGGAGAGAGUUACAGAGAGCCUCGUUUUCGAGAAUCAAACAACAAAGAAACAGAUAAUCAAUCUUCUGGAGAAACCGCACAGCAAGACGAGCCAGAUGAUCAGGAGAAGUCUAUUUCCGGUUCCGGUAUUGAUUCUGCUGGUGCUAAUUUUUGGCCUGUUGUUAGAAUUGAACCUGGCGCAAACGACAGAGGAAGCGACAGAGAGCUCCAUUUGAUCCGGAGAUCUGAAACAUCUAUCCCUGACUUGUCUAAAAGAGCUUCUAAUGAUGGUAGCAGCGUCACGAUUAGCGAGCCAACGUCUGGGGAGCAGUUGGCUCAAAGGAGUGACGCUCUCACUGCUAGUGGAUCCGGUGAGGAUCUCACUUCCGGAGAAGAUGAUGCGCCCUUUGAUACUUCCUCUACUGAUUCAGAAUCCGACUCCGGUUGCUCUUCCGGUUAUGGGUGUUACGAGUCUGAAGGUGAGCAGGGAGGAGAUGGUGGGGGAAUCAAUUCGCGUUCAGUGAUCUCUCGAGCGGAAGAAAGAGCUGGCGCUUCUGGCAGCGCCUCCGGUGAUUUUGCACCCAACGAGAAGGCUUGGGUGCAGCCUCAUUUUGAUGUAAAUGCCGGUCCUUACGAUGACGAAGCAUCUGGGUCUGGUUCCGAUGGUUCCGGUUCCGAAGGUUCCGGUUCCGAAGGUUCCGGUUCCAAAGGUUCCGAUUCCGAAGGCAUUGCCCGUCUUAAGAUCGCCUUCCCUGAAAAUGCUUCGGGGUUUGGCAAGGAAGACGCACAGCCAGAGACAGAUUUACACGAGAUCGAGGACGCCAUUUUUGAUAGUGGUAUACCUCUGGUAAUCACAAGUGACACCAGUUCCGGUUCUGGGUCCGGGUCCGGGUCCGGUUCCUUAAUGCCCAGUCCUCCUGAAAUUAAAAGUUUCCAUGACAGUGAGGCUUCCGCUUCGGGAUCUGGUGCAGCUGAAAAGGUGGAAGGUAUGCAGCUGUUUGUAGCGCCUCAACACCACCAGAGAAUCAGUCUCAUGGAGAAGAUGAUGAAACUUGGGAAACUCCAGGCCAUCAAAAUAACUCAUCACACCGUAGGAGCGUCCAGUCGGAAUGAAGUACCACGUGUGAAAGCCGCAGACGACAAUUCACAAAUGCUAUCGGAUUUAGGACAAGGGAGGAAAGUGUCGUUUGUUUUGAAUCAAGAUUUCCAUAGUGGUUAUGCAAAUGAGAAUUCAGCGGCUUACAACAUUCUUGCCAACAACGUGAAACAAGAGGUUGAAAACGCUUUAGGUAGUGGCGCAGUGGUCUCCGAAAUCGCCUUCUCAGAGGUUCGUGAGCCGAUAUCACACUCACCUAGAUUCUCCAAGGUAAUGGUCUCUUUCAAACUUCUCGGUGACGUCGCGAAACUGGAGAGAAAAGUCAAGAAAGGAAUGAUCAAUGGUCUAAUUGUGGAUAAGACAUUUUUCCAUGAUGCGCCUUGAAUAUCAAGCAAGGAUUCGCGGAAAAUUUUAUAGGUUUUAAAGACAAAAGAUUAUAGACUACACAUGACGUUUUAAAUGUAUUCCGACUACGACCGGCUAGUUCCCAGACCCGUCUCUCCUCCUCAAUCUUCCCUUAGAAGUGCAAAGAAGAGAGAGUCUGGGAUCGAGGAUGAUUCAAAGACUUGAAGAAACAAACAAACAGUUUUUUCACCGAGAAAAAUCUACCAUCAAUCUUCGAAGUCUUUUUUGACCCAUAUGCUUUAAUUUUCUUCAUCUUGGGGCAUCCUUGUUUCCUCACCAGGGUCUAUUUUUUGUUUUUACUGUGUUUUUCUAUCUUACCAACAAUCUCAAGGAUUCCAUUAAGUUGAACUAAAUAUAAUGGGUUAACGUAAAUUGGCCACCGUAAAGAGUUUCGUUAACCCUUCGUCAGAGCAAAGUCCUGUCCUAUCCUUCGCUCUGAGAAAGGGCUAACGCUUGAAAUGUCAGCUUUGAAACUCUUUACAGUGGCCAAUUUACGUUAUAAACUCGGUUGAUAAUACUAAAUUACUCUGUUAUAAUCCCCCACCGACGCAGCACCACAGUGUCUUUAGAAACUUACCUCCUUUUUUCAUAAAUAUAAUGUCCCUGGUUAUUUAUAUUAUAAGGGAAUUAUUUCUGUUGUCGAAGCUAGCAUUAUGUUGAGUAAACCUUGACACUCCAGGACUGACAUACUCCAAAUGAUUCAACACUUUUGAACUGACCCAUUCUUGGCUGAUUUUGACGUUUUCCAAAAAAAACAUGUCAAACAAAAGAUCGAUUUUUAUAUUUUAAAGUAGAACCUCUUGUAAGGUUCUAAGGUAAUCCAAAUGACAGGUACGUUAUAUAAUUACAAAAAGCAUAGGGGGAGAUAGGUAUGUAAGGCGUUUUAGGCAUUUAAGUUUUUGUAAUACAACUAGGGGUCAGUUAAUUUAUCAAAUCCAGAAUUUGCUUAGGUUCGAAAUGAAAAGGAGUUGAGGAAUUAAAAUUAAAUUGCUAUUCUUGUGAUACGUAAAGGUAAAAAUAAUUUAGACACCGCAUAUCAAUUUGUCAGCGCUCCCAUUGAUAACAGACAGCUUUUUGCAUCUGAAGGGGCUACCCUGAUCGGUAUAAAUCAAUAGAGGUUCUUCACUCCAAGUGUAAUUAGUGUAGAUGACAUAUAACUUUCAAUAAAAUUAUCAGGUAUAACAAGUAAA